UGUGAGCUCCCUCUGCACGCGCCACAUUUCCCCCCCCAGCCGGCUGAGCCGCCUCUCUUCGCCUAGGGUUUAAACUUGCAACUUCCUCCAGGUAAGGGAAGGGGGGCAGGAGCCCUCCUCAGAGCCGCUUUCCUGGGGGGGCGCGCAGAGGACGGGCUGGGUUUCUGAGGGCCCCCUUCUUAGCUAGAGGCGAGGGGGGACUGGAUUUCACUGCUCCUGCCCCAUCGAAAAGCCCCCAAAGAGGGGCUGAAUGCGGAUGGCUUCCAGCUGAACGCUGCGGCUGUCUAAUGCUGGGCCCCCCCCAGGGAAAGCCCUUGGAAUGCUGUUGUGGGGUUGCUUUUUUUUCUUGCAAGAUUUAUGUAGGGGCUGCUCCUCUUCUGGGGAGAGGCUCGCUCCUUGGUGUGCAAAGCUAAAGUGCACAAACCAAAAUGGGAAGGGCUGAGCAUGGAGGGGCGCGAUCUUCCUUGUCCACGGCCAUAGCUGGAAGUGGGGAUGGACUGCAUGUUCGCCAUGGACGAUGAUAUUGCUGCGCUCGUUGUUGACAACGGCUCCGGUAUGUGCAAAGCCGGUUUUGCUGGGGAUGAUGCCCCUCGCGCUGUCUUUCCAUCCAUCGUUGGUCGCCCCAGACAUCAGGGUGUGAUGGUUGGUAUGGGCCAGAAAGACAGCUACGUUGGUGAUGAAGCCCAAAGUAAAAGAGGUAUCCUGACCCUGAAAUACCCCAUCGAACACGGUAUUGUCACCAACUGGGAUGACAUGGAGAAGAUCUGGCACCACACCUUCUACAAUGAACUCAGAGUUGCCCCUGAGGAGCACCCUGUGCUGCUCACAGAGGCUCCCCUGAACCCCAAGGCCAACAGAGAGAAGAUGACACAGAUCAUGUUUGAGACCUUCAACACCCCAGCCAUGUACGUAGCCAUUCAGGCUGUGUUGUCCCUGUACGCCUCUGGUCGUACCACUGGUAUUGUGAUGGACUCUGGUGAUGGUGUCACCCACACUGUGCCCAUCUAUGAAGGUUAUGCCCUCCCCCACGCCAUCCUCCGUCUGGAUCUGGCUGGCCGUGAUCUGACGGACUACCUCAUGAAGAUCCUGACAGAGAGAGGCUACAGUUUCACCACCACAGCCGAAAGGGAAAUCGUGCGUGACAUCAAGGAAAAGCUGUGCUACGUUGCUCUGGACUUCGAACAGGAGAUGGCCACUGCUGCGUCUAGCUCUUCCCUGGAGAAGAGCUAUGAACUCCCUGACGGUCAGGUGAUCACCAUUGGCAAUGAGAGGUUCAGGUGCCCAGAAGCCCUCUUCCAGCCGUCUUUCUUGGGUAUGGAAUCCUGUGGCAUCCAUGAAACUACCUUCAACUCCAUCAUGAAAUGCGAUGUGGAUAUCCGUAAAGACCUGUACGCCAACACCGUGCUGUCUGGUGGUACCACCAUGUACCCAGGCAUUGCUGACAGAAUGCAGAAGGAGAUCACAGCCCUGGCACCUAGCACAAUGAAAAUUAAGAUCAUUGCCCCCCCUGAGCGCAAGUACUCUGUCUGGAUUGGUGGCUCCAUCCUUGCCUCUCUGUCCACCUUCCAGCAGAUGUGGAUCAGCAAGCAGGAGUACGAUGAAUCCGGACCAUCCAUUGUCCACCGCAAAUGCUUUUAAACCGGACUGUUACCACAUCCCACCUUUGAUAAAACCCAUAAUUGCGCAUAAAACAAGAUGAGAUUGGCAUGGCUUUAUUUGUUUUUUUUGGCGCUUGACUCAGGAUUUAAAAACUGGAAUGGUGAAGGUGACAGCAGCAGUCUUAACGUGUUGGCGCGAACGUCCCCAAAGUUCUACAAUGCAUCAGGACUUUGAUUGUACAUUUGUUUUUUAAUAGUCAUUCCAAAUAUUGCAUAAUGCAUUGUUACAGGAAGUUACUUGCCUCUGUGGAGGCAGCAGCCCAGCUUGAAGGAGCUAAUGCCAUAACUGGUAUUAGAGUAAUGCUUGUCGGUAAAUUAUGUAACCCAACAAGUGUCUUUUUUUGUAUCUGCCGCCUUAAAACAAAACACACUUGAUCCUUUCUUUGAUUUUUGUCAAGCAAACGGGCUGUGUUCCCCAAUUCUAGAUGUGAAUGAAGGCUUUACAGUGCCCCUUGAGAGUCCAAUGAGAAGUGGUGCCAGUAUGUGGGGGAGGGGAGGGGCUACCUGUACACUGACUUAAGACCAGUUCAAAUAAAAGUGCACACAAUAGA